AUUUUCUCAUUCAUUUGACCCUCUUUCUGAAUUCUCAUUUCCAACUUUCUCCAGAUUCGUCUUCUUCUUCAUAACCCAAAUCACCUCAGCCUUCUUCAAUGGACUCAACACCAUGGCUGGACUUGGACACCAGACUUGACCUCAAUCUUAAUUCUUUGCCUCACAGAGGUGAAGCUCCGAAGAGAGAAAUAUUCCAGGGAGCUUUCGCUGGAUUUGUGCAAAAACCUGAAGAAACUAGCGUUUUGGUGGAGGAGUUGAAUCGGAUUAGCGGCGAGAACAAAAAGCUGACUGAAAUGUUGACAGUUUUAUGCGAGAAUUACAGUGUUCUUCAAAAGCAGUACAUGGAUUUGAUCGGGAAAAACAGUUCACCAGAAACGGAACUCACAACAUCGAAGAAGAGAAAAAAAUCUGACAGUGAAGAUUGCAGCAAAAUGACUGGAUUGAAUGGACAGAUUGAGUGCAGUUCUAGUGAUGAAGACUCAUGUAAAAGGCCAAAAGAAAACACCAAGACAACUGUUUCCAGGAUUUAUAUGCGCACCACUGCUUCUGAUACAGGCCUCACAGUGAAAGAUGGAUAUCAAUGGCGGAAAUACGGCCAAAAAGUCACCAGAGAUAACCCAUCACCUAGAGCUUACUUUAGGUGCUCCUUCGCUCCCAGCUGCCCGGUCAAGAAGAAGGUGCAAAGAAGUGCUGAAGAGCCAUCUGUUUUGGUGGCCACCUACGAAGGAGAGCACAAUCAUCCGCAGCCUCCAAAACCUGAGCUAUCGUUAAGUCCAAGCCAGGGCUCGACUAUUGGACCCGUUUCACCGGCGAGGAGGUCUCCAAGUCAAGGUCCUGGCGGUGUAAUGCUAAAUAUGUUCCAGGGUGGAGUGUUUGAGGAGGUCCAAAAUGAAGUUGUGGCUCCUGGCAUUCAACAGAUUUUGGUUCAACGGAUGGCCGCUUCUUUGACAAGAGAUCCGAAUUUUACAGCAGCGCUUGCAGCUGCCGUUUCAGGAAGAUUUGACCAAGGAAGAUCAUAAAAAUGGUAGCUUUAAUAGCAAAAUUGGAUAAGGUUAAGAUUUAUUCUUGACUUAUCUAAUAUAAUGAAUGAGAUUAAUUGUUAAAUUCAAUAUUUUAUCUAUGUAGAAUGCUCUAGCAUGGUGAAACUGACAACUCAACCAGGGAGAGUUCUUAGUUCUGUAUUUAUUUGGCUUGCAUUAUUAAACUUGGAACAUGAAUGAAAGUAUUCCGUUACGUUA